GUGUGGAUUAGAAGCUAAAGAGGGCUGAGAAGUCAAAGCUCGUCAGUCCUUCCCACUCUUACCUUUCUUUUACCUGUUACCUCUCCACAGCUUUCGGACAGCUUUUAACAAUCCGGCUACUGGAUCGGGACUUCUACCUGUUCCCAUGCACUGUCCCUCUGUGGUUUGGGUAAAAGGACGAGGAUCACUGUUCCUGCCGGUUGCUCCCGUACACUUAAUCCACCUGGAGUUUGGAUUCCGCUAUUAAACCACAGGCUCCAACAUCGACAUGGCUCCUACAGUAUGUAGUGAAACUGCUCCAGUGAUGACUUGGGGGUAUCUCGUCGCCUUUCCAGUUUUGGACUAGAGGCCCGCAGAGUGCCAAGGAAAAAGUCCCAUCCACGAAGACACAUUCACUGUCACGCUAAUCCCCACCAACUCUCUACUCCCCUGCUGUGUGUCAAGCAUAGCUGUGAGAGGAAAAUGGCAAGUCACAGAGACCCUCGCUUUCUUCACAACCUGUCCUACCACCCGCGAUGGCAGCACGACUCAAUGAAAGUAAAGAGAAAAGGACGCUUACGGACAGCGUCUGCAAACAGUUGCCGUGGACAUAGUGCGUUUAAAUCAUUAGCAGCUUCGUCGUUAAAACCACAGUUGCCAUCAUGCCCCGUGCAGCGCUCUAGGAGCCGUUGUGGGAACUGGCUCCUUUUGCCGUUGCUCGUGUUCUCCUUUCUACCCUGUCAAGCCUGGGCGACCACUUUCAAGGUGGCCCUGGUUGGACCCUGGACAUGUGACCUCUUGUACUCCAAAGCACUUCCUGACCUGGCAGCCCGCCUCGCCACGGCCCGCAUAAACAAGGACCCCCACCUCAACAAAGGCUACUGGUAUGACUACACGCUGGUCAACGAGGACUGCAAGUCCUCCCGGGCGCUGGCUCGCUUUGCCGGGCUGGAAGGUUACGGUGCUGCGUUUCUGGGCCCUGCCAACCCAGGCUACUGCUCCUCAGCCGCUUUGUAUGCAAAAGAGUGGGACGUGGGGAUUCUUUCAUGGGCUUGCCUCAAACCCAACAUGAAUUCAUUGGGGAUGUAUUCCAACUUCCUGCGGCCGCUGCCGCUGUCCUCCCGUGUGCUUUUCUCUGUUUUGCGAUACUUUAGGUGGGCUCAUGUGGCCAUAAUCUCUGAGGAAACCGACAUAUGGGAGGCCACAGGACAGGAGCUGGCCUCGUCACUGAGGGCCCUUGGCCUGCCUGUCAACCCCGUGGUGACCAUGGAGUCCGACAAGGAAGGGCCUCGGAGAGCACUGGCGAAAGUGCGGGAAACAGACCGGGUCAGAGUGGUGAUUAUGUGCAUGCCCUCUGUCCUGAUUGGCGGCCAAGCCCAGUACCAGCUCCUGACAACAGCCUUUUUAAUGCGCAUGAUCGACCGUGGCUACGUGUUUAUCCCCUACGACACCCUUCUGUACUCACUGCCCUACAAGGACGCACCCUACUAUGUGCUCGGCAAUGACACCAAGCUGCGCAAAGCCUUUGACGGAGUGCUCACCAUCACUGUGGACUCUGGAGAACGUAAUUUCUACGAGGCUUUCAAAGACGCUCAGGACAGCUUUGAAAUCCGCAGCACCACCCCACCAGAACAGGUCUCUCCAUUCUUUGGCACCAUCUACAACAUGAUCUACUACACGGCCAUGGCGGCUGAGCAGGCUCGCGCUGACGGAGGCCGCUGGGUAACCGGUCCGGUCUUGGGUGAAAGCAAGGGCGGCUUUGAAUUUGAAGGCUUCAAUCAACCCUUGAAGGCUGGACGGGAAGGUGAAGGCAUGCAGGCUCGCUAUGUGGUGCUGGACUACAGUGGUUUCGGCCACCAUCUCUACUCCACUCACGUUCUGGAUGCCACUCAUACAUAUGGAGGCGUCGGGAGCUUGAAAUACCUCGGCCGCUCCAUCCAUUUCGCGGGCAGCACGCCCUACACAGACUCAGGCUGCUGGUUUAGCCCAUACUUUGCCUGUACCGGAGGCCUGGACACGGUCACUUUCUUCUUCAUUCUCCUUGUGAUUGUUGCCGUCAUUGGAUGCGCAGCUAACUUCUUCCUUAGUCUCAAGAGAAGUGGUAGGAUUGGGCUCAACUUUGGAGGUAGUAACGGUGGAUCAACAAAAGUCAUUCUGACCCUGGACGACCUUAUCUUCAUUAACACUCAAAUCAGCAAAAGGAAGAUCAAUGACGAAAGUAUCUUGAAAAGCCAGGUUGAUUUUAAGACACCUCAACACUCGGUGUCCGGUCGCAGCUACAUGGCGUCCACACCGGACAGCUCCAAUGUUGCCGUGUAUGAGGGCGACUGGGUCUGGUUGAAGAAAUGCGCUGGUGGAACUGUAUCGGCUGUAAACAGCAGCACCGAGUUUGUCUUUGUCAAGCUCAGGGACAUGAGGCACGAGAACCUCAACCUGUUCUUGGGUCUGUUCUGCGACUCUGGGAUCCUUGCCGUUGUGACCGAGCACUGCACCAGAGGGAGCUUGGAAAAUCUGCUCAACAAUGAGGAAGUGCGUCUUGACUGGAUGUUUAAGUCUUCCCUGUUAAUCGACCUGAUUCGGGGAAUGAAGUACCUGCACAACCGCGGCAUCAUACACGGACGCCUCAAAUCCCGUAACUGUGUGGUAGACGGGCGCUUUGUACUGAAGGUGACAGAUUAUGGGUUCAAUGAGAUUUUGAUAGCCCAAGGCAUUGACAGUGAUGACGAAAGGCCAGAAAAUCUCCUUUGGACGGCUCCUGAGCUGCUUAGAAGCGCCAGUCUCAGGAGGAGGGGCAGUUUUGCUGGGGACGUCUACAGCUUCUCCAUCAUCGGGCAGGAGGUCAUCUCCCGCUCUUCACCUUACUGCAUGCUGGACAUGCCGCCCAAGGAGAUUAUCAGCAAGCUCAAAGAACCUCCUCCAUUGUGUCGACCUGUCCUGUCUGUGGAACAGUCUCCAGUGGAGGUGGUACAGGUAAUGAAACACUCCUGGAGUGAAGAGCCAGAGAAGAGGCCGACCUUUGAGGAGAUCUUCAAAUUGUUCAAGAACAUCACCAAAGGAAAGAAGACCAACAUCAUUGACUCUAUGCUGCGCAUGCUGGAGCAGUACUCCUCCAACCUGGAGGACCUGAUCAGAGAGAGGACGGAGGAACUGGAGGUGGAGAGGCAGAAGACGGACAAACUGGUGGCUCAGAUGUUGCCCAAGUCUGUGGCCCAGGCGCUGAAGACGGGCAAGCCAGUGAAGCCCGAGCACUUCAGCGAGGUCACGCUGUACUUCAGUGACAUCGUGGGCUUCACCACCAUCUCAGCUCUCAGCGAUCCCAUCGAGGUGGUCGACCUGCUGAACGACCUCUACACACUCUUCGAUGCCAUCAUCGGACUGCAUGAUGUCUACAAGGUGGAAACCAUCGGAGAUGCCUACAUGGUCGCCUCAGGAGUCCCCACCAGGAAUGGCAACCGGCAUGCAGCCGAGAUGGCCAACAUGUCUCUGGACAUUCUCCACUGCAUCGGGACCUUCAAGAUGAGGCACAUGCCUGACCUGAAAGUCAGAAUUCGCAUUGGCCUGCACUCUGGCCCAGUGGUAGCGGGAGUGGUGGGUCUUACGAUGCCUCGGUACUGUCUGUUUGGAGACACCGUCAACACGGCAUCUCGAAUGGAGUCCACGGGGUUGCCUUACAGAAUCCAUGUCAACAAAAGGACCGUCGAUGUUCUGAACAGCUUGGACUUGGGAUAUAAAAUUCAAACCAGAGGCUUGACAGAGUUAAAGGGAAAGGGGAUUGAGUACACAUAUUGGUUGGUAGGCAGAGAGGAUUUCGACAAGCCACUGCCUAUUCCUCCCGACCUUGCAGGGGGAGCCAAUCAUGGUAUCGCUUUAGAGGAAAUACCUCUUGACAGACGACAAAAAUUCCUGGAUCGACAGAAGAAGAUGAGCUAGGCUGUCUUUUAUUUUUUUACUAAUAUCCCAGGAUGAAAUGUGAUACUUUCUAGAUCAGCAUGGUUUUUCAGUGAAAAACACACAGCGAUUCCUGAAGGAAAAGUUGCGAAUGCAAAACCUGUUAUAAUUUCUGCUCCACUCAAAAUGAAAUCCGGCAUCACUAACGAAGGAUUUCACACACCCUGCAAAUCAUUUCUAUACGGAAACAAUUGUUAUUGUAAAAAAAUGCAACUGUCCUUAUAUUUGUUCAAAAAGAGACUGUAUUAUACAUAGAGUAUACAUAGAGCAUGAUAUGCAUUUCGAGGUUGAAUGACAGAUCCUAAGACUUAGAGGUAAGCAAGAAGGGAUUGUUAUGGUGAGUUGUUAACAGUAUAACAUGUAAUACUGGUGUACUUCAAGUACUGUAUGUAUUUGUACUUAUACAUUUUUACGUAUUUGUACUAAUCUUUGUGCUUUGUAGAGAUGAUGGAGACAUUUUAUCGUAAACAUUUCGAGAGCGGAAGCUAUUGGAGAUGCUAUUGCAUUCAUCUGGGGCAAAAUGGAGCACUCACUUUCAAAGCAACAGCCUUUUAUCACAACUCGGGUUAAUUAGUACGUUGAAAACUUUUCCCAGUAACUAAAGUUGAUGAUCAGCGGUUAAUUAAGUUUGCAUCGUUACUCUGCAUCACACACAUUAGCAUGAAUGAAGACAGAUAAUCCAGAAAUGGUUCAAAUGUGUCAAACAAAUGAUCUGGUUUGUUUAUAUAAUUUAUUAGAACAAUAUAGAAAGAAGAAAAAAAACACAUCUUUGAGAUACUGUAACCUAAAAUGCAGUUUCAUUAUUGCUUCACCUAAAGUACAUGUAGCCUAUUCCUGAAGCAUGCUGCACAGCUGCGUGUUUAACAGGCUCUUAAAUAGGCCAGCAAUGGGAAGACCUGAUUUCUGUCACACACAGUAUUUCUGCAGCGCACUGAUGUGCAUGAUGACCGGGUCUGAAUGGCUGUAAGUCUUAUCUCCAGUGAUGUGCUUCAGCAGAUUGAGCCUUCUCAUGUGUAGCGCACGCUUGUAGAGGGAUAUGUCUGGCCCUGAGUUCUUUGCCCAUUAUUUUCUCGUCUGGCUCUCUGGGAUCCCACACAGCGGCUGUGUAUGAAGUUCCUGAGAGAAUACAUGUUCACUAAGUCGCUCCCGUGCCCGGCCCCAGAGAAUUGUGCAGAACAUGUGGGGGAAAGCAUACUCAUAAAACGGGGAGGAGAUAGUCCUCUGAGUCAUUUCUGUUUGGCUUGGGGGGGUGUGUACAUACUGUAAAUUUGUACAUAGUUAGUUUGUAUUUCGGUCCUCCAGGUUUAGGGACUUUUUAGUGGUGUUUUUCUGUCUGCUUUGGUCCCUAAACACUCGACACAGAAGGAGAUGGCAAAAAAACAAAGACUUAAUCAGUGCAUUCGUGAAGCGGGCAGCAGCAUUGUUCCAGCACUCUUUUUUUGGGCUUGCUAAUUGUCUGCUGCAGCGCUGAUAUCGAAGCAAUGUCAAGACGGGAUUUCUUUUCUCUCCAAAAAACAGUUUUGGUCUGCGGACAUUUUUCCCUUGGGAGCUCACUUGCCGACCCCCUUCUACCAUCGAUAAUAAAUGGACACGUGACAACUGCCAGGUUGCUUGUGGUGUAGUCUUUCACAACAAUAAGUGUUUGUCAGUGGCUCUUUCAGCAUGUUUAAACCCCCAACAAAACGCAGGAUUCUAAAUCGAGAUGAGGAGCGAGGGGGAAAGCUGUCUGAACCUUUCAUUCUUCCAUUCACAUAGGUAGGACCGACGUUUGCUAGAUUUUUAAUCAAUUUGCCAAAUAGAUUGAUCUGAUCAAAACUGAAUGGAGGUGUUCUUAAUGUGUCUCUGUAAAUAAAUGAUGGUUUUAGUGAAAA